CAGGGCUGAAAAUCCAUGAUGCAAUCCCAAUAGAUGUAAUAUUUUCACGUUUUACCUAGCUUUUUGUCGUUGUCAUCAUAAUUUCAGAGCAUUUGUGACCCGAUGAAUUUUAUUCAGUGAAAGAUGUUUCAUCAUGGUGAUAAAGAAGGCAAGAAAUCUGCGUUUGGACAUCCUGUCUACGGCCAGAUUGUUCUCUCGAUUAUCCUCCUCCUCCUCCCUCCUUUUCGGGUCACCGCCUUCCCGGUUAACACAGUAGUGGAGCCGUUCUGCAAGGAUCCUGGUGUUCCUGAGCACGGAAUCAGAACUCCAAGCAGCAGUUUGUUCUUUGAAAACUCAGUGGCCAGGUUCUCUUGUGUGGAUGGAUAUAGUUUAAAGGGGCCAGCCAAGAUUAUCUGCACGCGCUUCCAUAAUGGAUCGGUAGGCUGGAAACCAAGCCUUAAACCAGUGUGCCUUUCAGAAGGUGAGGCUACUCAGUAUACAACGACCCCUGAUACCAUGGGUACGUUUUACCCCGUGGCAGUUCUAGUGUUAAGAUUCAGAUCUCAUAUCCUAAACACAAUGUUAAACUUGGCUGUACAUGGUAAUAAGCACAGCUUUCUUCCCAUAGAGACAACCUGGCCUGGUUUUCAAGAUUCCCUACUAACCACAUGGAAAGUAGUGGCAUGCACGGCCACUAGUGUGCUGCUAGCCCUGCUCUUAGUGAUCACAGGCAAGAUGUUCCACUUCAAAUGCAAAUCCCAGCAAAGUCCAAGUGAAGAGCAAGCUGAGAGCCGAGAUCCAAACAUCUUGGUUGUAGAUGGUGUUGCUGUACCUCUUCCCUCUUAUGAAGAGGCUAUUAGUGGUACCUACUGUCAGCCCCCAGACGAUCUGUCCCCUGCUGGUCUGGGGAGCUCACAGCAUUCAGAAGAACAAAACCCACCUUCAUAUCCGGGGCAUACAGGGAGUCAGAAUGGUAUGCCGUUGGACACUGGUGAGGCUGAGACCUAUGAUAGCAUCUCGGACACAUCAGAAUGUCUUCAAGGCACACAUCCAUCUUCCUCCCAUGCUGGUGGACUCAAUAACAUGUCUGAGAAAACCAAUGCCAUCACCUCUAUGGAGGAGACCGCCUCCACAAGCCCCAGCAUAGACAUUGCAGAUGAAAUUCCUCUCGUGGAGGAUGGUGAA